ACACGAGUCCAUAGAGAGUAAAGUGAGGAUAACUAUUUUUGUAUUCUUCAUAUUCCCAACUCAAAUGAUGACAUGAACUGCUACUGGACAACUUAAUGAUUCCGCCAAUGAAAAAUGUAAAGUUCAUAUGUUGUAUCAUUUUGGGUUGCAUAAGUUGUUUAUGUGUAUCUCUCACAUAGGGUGCCCAUGCUAGAAAACUGGUUAUGGUUUUACCAAUGAAAAUAAGCACCCUUUUGGGCGUGGGAAAUGUGGACAUUUCUAGGGAGUGGUGUGCCAUAUAAACAGUUGUGGUGUCUCUCUGUCUCCAAGGCUUGCGGCCUACCAAAGGUUUAAAGACGUUCAGCUGGAUUGCCCAGGUCAUGUGGUUUAGAAAGUUAAUGGGUGUGAUUAACCGAUCGGAAACACAUUUCACCUGGUUGAAUGUACAUGUACGGUGGUUUGUAUUAGUUAGUUAGUUAGGUAGUUAGUUAGUUAGCUUGUUAGAUAAACUACAAAUAAUCGGUGACAGAUUUGUCUUUAAAGGAGACACAAGCAGACCAAUUCUGAUAUUUUGCCCAAUUAUUGGCAAAAGAACUGGUCUCAUUGGUGAAAAGACCAAUUACGAGUGGGAAAAUAUCUGAAUUGGGCUGUCUGUGUAAACACAGUCUUUGUUGACUUAUUCCUCAUCUCCUUUCUUCUUCAUGUGAGUAUACAGUAUAUGCUCAAAUAGACUCUCUGACUCAGUUCUCAAAAAAGGUUGCGGCGACCCUUGGGGGCAUAGCUUUUACAGUGUAGGGAUACAAACACAGGCGAACUAAGUAAAUGGAAUGGGAGGAUAAGAACUAGACAAUCUGGUCCAUUUUCAUCAAACUUCUGAGAAUCUGCUCCACAAAUACAUACCAUCAGUGUUACAUCAGAGUCGUUGUGGAAAACGACAAAACACCUGAAGAUAACAUCAACUUACAAACCAAGGUAAAAAAGUGCUGGGCAGGGUGUGUGGCUCUACUGUAUUAGGUACGAUGAAGGUGCUGCUCGUCUUGGUUGCACUGUCUGUGGCCGUUAUCGGCAAGGAGACCUUUGAGGGGCACCAGGUGCUUCGUAUCACUGGGAAGGAUGAGUUCCAGCACUCUCUCCUGAAGGACAUGGCUGAGAUGGAACAUCUCCAGCUGGAUGUGUGGAUGGAGCCCAUUGACCUCUCCACUCCUGUGGACAUCAGAGUUCCCUUCACCAGCCUGCAGACCGUCAAGGCCUUCCUGGAGACUGAAGACAUCCCGUACUCCGUCAUGAUCAAGGACCUACAGGUUAUGUUGGACGAGGAGAAGGAGCAGAGGCUGAGUGCUGCACGUGCCACUGAGCCCAGAACCACAGAUGACUACAACUACACCAACUACCACAACGGGGAUGAGAUCUACAGUUUUCAGGACAUGCUGGUGGCUGAGAACCCCAAACUGGUCAGCAAGAUCGUGAUUGGUCAGAGCUAUGAGGGCCGCCCUCUGAAUGUGCUCAAAUUUAGCACUGGUGGCACCAACCGUCGUGGCAUCUGGAUUAACACUGGAAUCCACUCCAGAGAAUGGAUCACUCAGGCUAGUGGCACCUGGUUCGCCAAGAAGAUUGUGACUGACUACGGACAUGACGCCCCACUCACUGCCAUUCUGGACAACAUGGAUAUCUUCCUGGAGAUUGUGACCAACCCAGAUGGCUACAACUACAGCCACAAAACUAACCGUAUGUGGCGUAAGACCAGGAAGCCAAACCCUGGCUCUUCUUGUGAUGGAACUGACCUCAACAGGAACUGGGAUGCUGGUUUUGGAACCGCUGGCUCUAGCGGUAACCCCUGCGAUCAGACUUACCGCGGGCCCAAGGCUCACUCAGAGUCUGAGGUCAAGUCCAUCAUGGACUUUGUCAAGUCUCAUGGCAACCUGAAGGCCUUCAUCGACAUCCACAGCUACUCCCAGAGGCUCAUGUACCCCUACGGCUACACUGCAACCACUUGCAACGACCAGAGAGAACUGCACGACCUGGCUAGGAAGGCCAUCACUGGCCUGGCUAGCCUGUACGGAACCUCCUUCAGAUACGGCAGCGUCAUGACCACCAUAUACCGAGCCAGUGGCAUCAGUAUUGACUGGUCCUACAACCAGGGCAUCAAGUACUCCUACACCUUUGAGCUGAGAGACACCGGUCGCUAUGGUUUCAUCCUGCCAGCCAAUCAGAUCAUCCCUACUGCCAAGGAGGCUUGGCUGGCUCUGAUGGCCAUCAUGGAGCACACCAAGGACAACACCAACUAGAGGGGUCACCAUGACAACUACAGUAUACAUUCCAGAUUAACCAAUUGUAUAUCUCUCUUUGAUACGGUCAUGUGAAUGCCUGUGUAAAACAAAGUUAUGUUUGUCUGUACUGUUGUAGAUAUACAGUAUCUAGCUCAAGCUGAUGAUACCAUCCAGUCCACAAGAGUGCACUAGAAACCACGUCAGUAAAAUGCUCAA